GCGCCCGGGGAGCUCGCUCCGCGCUUACGUAACGAUGGCCGAGCCCGCGAGCUGAUGGCCGCGCUCGUCUGGUGGCUGGCGGCCUGCUGCCUCGUGCGCGCCGUCGCCGCCGGCAACCCCGACGCCAAGCGCCUCUACGACGACCUCCUGUCCAACUACAACAAGCUAGUGCGCCCCGUCGUCAACACGACCGACGUCCUUCGCGUCUGCAUCAAGCUAAAGCUCAGCCAGCUCAUCGAUGUCAAUCUGAAGAACCAGAUAAUGACCACAAACCUGUGGGUGGAACAGUCGUGGUACGACUACAAGCUGCGCUGGGAGCCGCGCGAGUACGGCGGCGUGCAUAUGUUACAUGUGCCAUCCGACCACAUCUGGCGGCCUGAUAUCGUUUUAUAUAACAAUGCCGACGGCAACUUCGAGGUAACGUUGGCGACCAAGGCGACCAUCUACCACCAAGGGCUGGUCGAAUGGAAACCGCCCGCGAUUUACAAGUCCUCCUGUGAAAUAGACGUGGAAUAUUUUCCUUUCGACGAGCAAACGUGCGUUCUUAAGUUCGGUAGCUGGACUUACGACGGAUUUAAGGUGGACCUCAGGCACAUGGACGAGCAAGCCGGCAGCAACGUGGUGUCCGUGGGAGUGGACCUGUCAGAGUUCUACAUGUCUGUCGAGUGGGACAUCUUAGAAGUGCCUGCUGUAAGAAACGAGAAGUUCUACACGUGCUGCGACGAGCCGUACCUGGACAUCACGUUCAACAUCACGAUGCGCCGCAAGACGCUGUUCUACACUGUUAACAUCAUCAUCCCUUGCAUGGGGAUCUCGUUCCUCACCGUCCUUACCUUCUACCUACCCUCAGAUAGCGGCGAAAAGGUGACGCUCUCCAUAUCCAUCUUGAUCAGUCUGCACGUGUUCUUCCUACUGGUGGUGGAGAUCAUCCCUCCCACCUCGCUCGUCGUGCCUUUGCUGGGGAAAUAUCUCAUUUUUGCUAUGAUAUUGGUAUCAAUAAGUAUAUGCGUAACUGUAGUGGUGCUCAACGUACAUUUCCGGUCUCCACAAACGCACCGGAUGGCGCCGUGGGUGAAGCGCGUCUUCAUUCACAUCCUGCCUAGACUACUCUUCAUGAAGCGGCCGCAGUAUAAAUUUGACACGACAAGGUCGCGGUUUACGACGUGCGGCGUGGUGGUGCGCUGCGGCGGUGCGGCGCGACCGCUCUACCCGUACCGGCUGGCGUCCGCCGACGACGACUGCUGCGCGCCCGGCGCCUGGCCGCCGCCCGCCGCGCCCACGCGCCCGCUCACGCGCUCGCCCAGCAAGGAGGACCUCACGCACACCACCUACGUGCAGUCGGGGUUAGGUGACAGUAAUCGCUUCGGAGGCAGCUGCGUGGUGCACGGGUCGAGCGAGGGCGGCGCUCUGCCGGUGCCCGAGGAGGAGGCCUUGAGUCCCGUGCCGGAGCCCCCGCAGGGCUUCAGCCACUCGUCCUGCCCGCCCGAGGUGCACAGGACGUGUUUCUGUGUACGCUUCAUUGCCGAGCACACGAGAAUGCUCGAAGACUCUACUAAGGUAAAAGAAGAUUGGAAAUAUGUCGCAAUGGUGCUGGAUCGUUUAUUUCUAUGGAUAUUCACGCUAGCCGUCCUGGUCGGGACGGCCGGCAUUAUUCUACAAGCGCCCACGCUUUAUGAUGACAGAGUGCCCAUUGAUAAGGCCUUCAAUCAAAUCGCCACCUCGACCCUAGUCCGGUGUCCGCCUCCAUCAUAAUGGGGUGUAACUCUUGGCGAAAGGACCGCAUCACUGAUCAAACGAUCACCCAUAAUCAUUUUUGUAAGCGUAUUUUAUAUCAACAAUUUACUUACAAUACGAUUACUAUAAUAAGUUGACCAGGGCGCAUCCACUGUAUAGGAUCUUCUAUUUGUGUCAGAAAUAAGUAUAAUAAUUUUUGUUCCAGUAUGAGUAUUGUUUUAGGAAGACCCUAGACAAGUGCAUGCUAGGUAUCAUGGGUAAUGUAACGCGCUAAUAUCAUAAGAAUAAAAUUAUAUUAUAUCAAUUGCAAAGUGCAAACACAACAUUAUGAAAGUGACUACAUGCGACUCAACGUUCGGUCCGUAAAUAAAUUGGUACUGUAAUUUGUUUGUAAUUAUAAAUAUGUAAGUAUUAUAUUGUUUUAUAAUAUAACAAUAUGUGCCUAUUCACAGUUUUAUUAAAUUUAGUGUCCAGGCGUUUAUCAGAGAAAAAAUUCUGCGCUUUGAUUUAGGAUAAUUUUCGCUCGUUAACCAUAGUCAUGUGUCUAAUAACUUUUUAUUUAUUUAUUAAGGAAAAUCUAUCGUUAAUACAUUAAAAUCAUGCUUAUAUUAUUACAAUUUUAAGUUAUGUCAAUGCUUAACUAUUUAAAAGAUUUUCACAACAUUCACAAUUUUUUACAGAGUAUAUGUUAUGUCAUAAUAGGUUGUUUGUUGUUUGUUUUAAAAUAAAAUAAACUUAUUUAGAUCAAUUGAAUCUACAUGAUAUUUAAAUUUAUAAAGGACCAAUUUAUUUUUUUUAAGAAGACAGAUCCUUAAUAUACCUAUAAUCUAGAGAGGAUUAACAGCCUAAUCCGUAUUAAUAAAUACGCCUUGUCGUACGAAUAUUUACGUGCUAUCUAGGCUAUGAAUAUGCUAAAGGCUAAAAAAAUAUUUCGCACAAGGUUGGGAUACGUAGCAAACAAAUUACAGUCAUAAAUUUUGAACGGUCGCGCGGUCGCCGCAUCGUACUAACGCACACCCGUCCUGCCGACACGUGUUCUAUUCCACGACACGUAUUUUUGGUGUCACGUAAAAAGAGCGCUUGCUGCUUUGCUCGGCCAUUUGUUGACGUAACUGGUUGAUGUCCAAAUACAUAAACUGCGGGUGUUUUGAAAUAUUAUGUUGAAAUUUUUUAGAGAUAAUUUCAAAAAUUUAUUAUAUUGAUACAACCCUACCGGAAAUGUAUCAAGCCAAUCAAACCAAGCGAUUGAGAAUUUCGGUAUAAUGCUACGAAUACUAUUAAAAGUAUGUAACUUUCGUAAUAAAAAAUUAGGUACUUCUUGAAGUAACUUAAUUAAUAACAUAUUAAUUAUUUGGCUAUAUAAUAAAUGUCAACAGCCGUGAUAGCCCAGUUAUGGAUGGAGGAUAUGACCUCUGCCUCCGAUUCCGGAGGAUGUGGGUUCGAAUCCGGUCCGGGGCAUGCACCUCCAACUUUUCAGUUGUGUGCUUUUUAAGAAAUUAAAUAUCACGUGUCUCAAACGGUGAAGGACAUCGUGAGGAAACCUGCACACCAGAGAAUUUUCUUAAUUCUCUGCGUGUGUGUAGUCUUCCAAUCCGCAUUGGGCCAGCGUGUUGGACUAUUGAUUUAACCCCUCUCAUUCUGAGAGGAGACUCAACAGAAAUCAGCUUUCGCUUCGUCAAAAAGUCCGCCUCUAAAAGUACCUGGCCCAUUAGGCUGGGCGGCGUUACUCUUUGUAUAGCGAUUGAACUUAAGUACUUUUUAUAAAUAAUAAUAAUUAUUAUUUAAGCAUCACAAUGUUAUGUCAAUGUUAAAAUCGGCGCUACCUCUUCCACACGAGAUAAAAUUUGAAAAGUAACUAUGAAUUGUGCUGUAUUUUAUGAAGUUGCUAUUAAAAAUGUCAUAAUAACAUGCAGGCAGGCAAAUUGUUAAUUUAAUUGUAUAGUGUGAAAGGGGCUUAACGUGACACCCGCAAUACGUCAUAUUUUACAUUCUAAGAUUAAUAUUACGUAGUUCAUCUCUCCUACCUUCUUAACUAACUUCUGUACUAGUAUUUCAUCAAGUUGAAUAGUAAUUUAGCGGUAAAUUUGUAUUAGGUAUACUAUACGUAAGCCAUCUGUCAAAACUUCUUGCUCACGUUUGUUGUUGUUGUUUAGAUUAUGUAGAGAUUUUUAUACCGGUUUUCAGGGAAAAGCAACUCUUUUCUUUUAAAUUAUCUAAAACUAUAAAGACACAAUGCAAAAAAAAAGUAUCAUUACAAUCGACGAUCAAACUCGGUGAUUUAUUUGAAUAUUUCAGUCUCUGUAUUUUAUAUUUUAAACAAAUUAAAUACUAAGUAAUCAAUUAUAAAAUAUUAGAAAUUAUUCAUCAAUUCAUUUACAGGUUUGUUCCUUUUAAAAAGUGAUUCCUGGUCCAAUGAUCAUGCCAAUGAUAGUGAUGACUAUAAAAAAAAAAAAAUUAUAGUUUAACAAGUCUUAUUCAAACGCUAACUUAAGCGUAUAUUGUUGACUUAAAAUGUGUUGUGUUAUACACAUAUUUUAUAUAACAAUUCUUAAUUGACCACAUAAGAAGCUGUUUGUGUGAUUGAAGUAAUAUUUUCUAUGUGUGAACUUUGAUCAAAUGAAAUCGACUAUAAAUAUAAAGAUGUAUCUAUAAUGUAUAUCGGUUCAUCAUCAAUUUCAUAUUAUUUUACUUUUACCUAAAAUCUUAAUAAUUUAAGUACUUAGCUCUUAUUACAAAUCUUGUCUUACAUUAUAUCUUCUAGGAGUAAGAAUUUUCUUGAAAUUUUUCCAAGUACCUAUCAAGUCGUAGAAUAGAACAUGUAUAAUAAAUAUAUCGAUUUUAUUACUUAUAAGAGACUUUUAGACGUUCAGAAAUUUAUAGAAAAGGGGUCAUUUUUAUGCAUAAAAAAAAUAGAUAGAAAGAUGUUAUUUUCAUUAAUUAUAAGAAAAUUCAACAUAAUCACUUACUAUUCACUCAUACCGUGCUUGGGACUUUAAUUACUGUGACAUCAUAAUUAAAAUUUAAAAACAUAAGAAUUGUGACGUCAGUCUUUGCCGGUUUUCAUAUAAGUGACAUUGCAAAGAAACGUCAAAACUGACGUCACUAUUUAUGCUACUUAACUUUACUUGCUACACCCUUUCUACCAUAAUACUGUAGAUAAGAUCUCUAUCUCUUCCUUUAUACCAUGAUGAGAUGUGAUAGAGAAAGAUAGAGACGAAUUCGAAACUCACACUGUCGAGGUAUAAAAAAUUCAUUACAAAAAUUUAGUAAUGAACUUUUUAGGUCAGUCUAACUAGGCUAUGAUAUGUAUGUAUCAAACCUAACAAAUUCCAUGUUGUUUUUGCAACAAAAACCACUAAGUCCAGGUGAGUGUUUCAAAGUCCGCAAAGUCCAUUCUGUUUUUCUUGGUUUCGUAAAGAUAUUCCUCAAAAAGCUUAAAAAAAUAAUAUUCUAUAUUCAUUUAAAAGAUACAUCAGCACUUUUAGUACUAUAGCUAAUCCAAUUACGAUUAGUGAUAAAAAUAUGAAUUUCUCAAAAGUUGUCAAAGUGGACAAUGUGGUUUUUGAAUCUAAUAGACUCAAAUAGCGAUGUUUUGUAUAACUCGCAAGCGCGAGAUUGGAAUUCACUUCUAUCUUUCUCUGUCUAUAGUAUAGUGUUAGAGAAAGAUAGAGGUGAAUACGAAACUCGCAUUAACGAAUUACGGAAUAGUAGCUCUGAUGAGAAUGUCGUAGUGAUUCAGUCCCUCGAACACAUAGUAGGCGUCCAUCCCGAUUUUACAUAAUCCGUACUAUGUUAUAUAACAAAAUGAAUUUAUACUUAUUAAUAUAAAAGUAAAAUAUUCCCAUAAGAUGUAAGUAGGUAUGAAAUAAACAUAAUAAUUUAAGGACGAUUGCUCAAUUUUGUGACCGAGUAUAAAGGAGAUCACCAAUUUUCAUUAUUAAGAAAUCCGUAUCCAAAUACCUGACUCCGAUUUCACUAAACUAAAGUAAUACUCACACAAAAAAAACUGACUAAUAGGACAAAAACAUGAUAAAAAACGCACAAAAUGUUUUAUAUUUGUUUUUGUCCUCGUGCGAUUAUCUUAAAAAUUAUGUCAUCAUGAAAGGCAUGCCCCAAAAUAAUAUAGAUCAAGUAUGAAUGAAUGAAUGAAAUAUACUUUAUUGUACACCAAAAAGAAUAAUAACAAGCAAGCAUGUAAUGGUCAUAUAAAGGCCUGCAUCUUAUAUCUAUCUUUAAAUUUUUCUUUCCAACACCUUUGUCCUUGUUCCAAGCUAUGAGUGUCUAUGCUUAAUUUACCAGUCACAUGUUAAUCGGUGUUAUAGUUUUCGAGAUCAGUGUGACAGAAAAAACAUAUAAACUUAGCCAGUAAUCAUGCAAUUUUUUCUCAAAAUCGAUUAUUCGAAAGAUGGUGGACUAAGAUAAAGCAUGAGACCAAACUCGCUUGUCAAACUUGACUUUUUCAUUAAGCAAAAUACACUAAGAAAAUCUGCAAACUGUCAAAUUGUUUGACAAACGCAUUUGAUUUGACAAAAAGUUUGAUCGUUAACAGGGAGCUUAACGCGUUCAACCAAACACAUUUUUUAGCUUAAGCCCUCAAUCGCACGAGAGUUUUUUUAUCAGAUGUUAAAAAACAUUUAAAUACAACAAAUGCAUUCCCAUGGUAAUGUUCACACGACAGCGUUUUAAAAACACGAUGUCUUUUUAUCGAACAGUGUUGCAUUUUCAAUUUUGGGCGUUAGAAAUAGACCAUGAAUUAAAUUAAGAACGUAAACAAAAGCACCAACGCUGGGUUUCAACUUUCAACGUAAGCUUUUUAAACUCACGUGCGAAUGAGGACUGACAAGCUUAUAAAUUAAUAAAUACCUAAUUGAAAGUAAUGAUAUAUUAUUAAUUUUCAGUGGUCAAACAAUUGUUAAAUUAAUUAUAUACAAAAUGAUUUAUGAUUGAAUGUGUGUGUAUAGAUAUUAUACGAUAUGUUUUUUUUAACAAAAGCCUUUUAAAGGGAUGGGAUUGAGAAGAAAAAUAUUAUUAUGAAUUAUAAAUUUGAAAUUAUAAACUGGUAUUUGUGUACAAAAAAUAAAAUAUGCGAAAUAAACGAAAAGCUUAUAAACUCUAUCAAUGUUGACACCUAUUUAAAUUUUAAGUAGGUAUUCUAUGCACUUGGAUAAGUGCACAAAGUAAAAUUGCCCAAGUUUUGUAAUAAAUUAAUGAAAACGUAUUGGAGAUUCAAUAUGUAAACAAGGCUCGAUUCUUUUUUUAAGCAUCCAGAAACGCAAAACUUAAAACAGUUGUAAAAGUUAUACCCUGUAUUCUGAGGUUAUACCUAACAUAAUGGAAUUAGAGAUUUUAAGUAACAGUUUCAAUUGUCUUGCUUAUUCCUAUAGCACAUUAUUCUAAGGAUUCUAAAAAGAGUUCAUUUGCAAUGCAUUAUAAAGUGGUGAUACAUCAUUAAUUACUAUUGAUAUUUUUAAGAAACAACAUGCUCUAACGUCGACGAUGAAAUAAAUAAAACUAUUUUACAUACUACGUUCAAAACAAACUUAUGAAUAAUGAUCCUGGCUUGGCUUGAUGCUAAUCGGCCAUACACCGAAAAAUGUAAAUGAUGAAUAUAAGUGUUUAUUUUAUUUUUAAAAAUAAGAUUGUUAACUCUUAAGUAUGGACGUGGAACCUCGUGGUCUGCGCUGACUGAGGAAAAGACCGCAGAAAAUUAUAAUUUUAUUAAUUUAAUAUUUUUUUUUUAAAUUGUAAUGAUGAUAUCUAUUAUUGUAAAUUAUAAUAAGUUCUGUAUGAUUUGAAAGAGCAACCGUUGAGUUUCUUGCCAGCUCUUUUCAGCAGAAUCUGCGUUUGAACUAGUGGUAGAGUCUUUACAACAGGUAAGCCUUGACGUUUCAAAAGUGGCUACUUGAAAUACCUAAAUGAAUGUUAAUUUGAUUUAGUUACUGUGUGUCUACCAUUCAUUGACUUUAAUCUGCCAAUAAAAUAGCCAUUGUUCUUCUACUUGUUAUUGUCAUUAUUCCUUUAUAAUUUAUUAUGUCCUUGUAGAGUCCACGUCCAGGAUAAUUAAACAAAAUAACGUCCAUACUUAAAGGCAAAGCAUUCAGGUAAAUAAUCCUACAAUCGAGCCAUUGAUUCGUAACCGUCAAUGUAUAGGAGUCAACCAAUUAUGUAAAAAGAAAAAAGAGGUAGGUAAGUUAUUCGCGGCGCAAGUGGCACGUUAAAACUAUGCUAAUUAGCAAACCUGAGCUCAGUCGCCGCACUGUCAUCGCGCCGUUGACAACGCAGCUGAAAUUAUUUUUACGUGCCAGUUGUAAACUCGAAUAUGGUUUAUGUAAUCUAUCUACCUUUUUUCUCUUCUAACAUCAUUGGACUCAACGUAUGAAAAUUAAAACGGUGUUAUGUAUUUAGUGUGUAUAGUAAAUUAUUAAGUUAAGCACAUUGGACUGCUCGCAGUAGAGUAGCGCAGCUCAAUUGUAGAAAAGUAAAUUUGUAAUUUACCUAUUUAUAUUGUUAAUAAAACCGUUAUAAGAUAGAA